AUGACAAAUAAGUAUAUAAGUGCAAAACUAGCUUCUGCAAUCGAUGCAGAGUUAAUGGGUCCCACCGUGGGAUUCACGAUAGAACAACUAAUGGAAUUAGCAGGUUUGUCAGUCGCACAAGCAAUUUACAAGCACUGGGGUCCCCAACCUGAAAAAAACCAAGUCAUUGUCAUAGCCGGCCCUGGUAAUAAUGGUGGUGAUGGCCUUGUCUGUGCUAGGCACCUGAAGCUACUGGGAUACAAACCUAUCGUCUAUUAUCCAAAAAGAUCCUCUAAGGUGCCCUUCUACGGCCAAUUAGUUCAACAGCUGCAAUAUUUCAAAAUUCCUGUUCUAUCAAUGGAGGACAACUGGAAAUGCUACCUAGACGAAAACACAACCCUCUGUGUUGUGGAUGCGAUCUUCGGUUUCUCCUUCAAACCGCCAUCGAGGGAGCCAUUCAGUGAAAUACUUACCGAGCUAAAAAAAAGGGAUCAGGCAGUUCCGAUAGUUGCUGUUGAUAUACCUUCAGGCUGGGAUGUCGACAAUGGUCCAGUUCACGAAAAAUGCAUUAUACCAAAUCUGCUGGUUUCUCUUACAGCUCCAAAAUUGUGCGCCCAAAAAACUGAUCCACGGCUCACUACCCAUUAUGUGGGUGGAAGGUUUGUUCCGGAAUCCCUAGCGCGCAAGUACUCUCUCGAGGAGUUUUUGUACCCAGGAAUUGACCACGUGCUGCGGCUCUAG